AUGAGUUGCCACGGAGGAGACGAUGCCUUUGACACGCUUUCCAGCCACGUGUGCACCUACCAUGGCGGCAGCGUUUCGGUUGCCAUUGUCGAGGGCAAAGGCCGAGUUCUCCUGGCCGAGCGCGACUUCGAAGCAGGUGAGAGAAUCCUCCUGGAGUAUCCCCUCAUUGAGGCCGUCGCCGGCUCGGAGCUUCCGGCUGUGCGGGCCCUGCGGGGUCUCCACGAGGUCAGGGACUUCACGCAACAUCUUGGCAGAAGCGGCAAAGGAACAGGGCGGCGGGAAGGAGGGCCAGCUCGAGUUCCCCGCGAUUUUCUACUGGGCGGCACUCUGCUCAUUGACAGCGGCCGAGGUCCGUGA